CCACUUCCGCAUGAAACUGCCUCGCGGUCAGCAAAGUGAAACAUCACAUUGCUGCAACGUACAAGCUGUGACAUGGGGCGAUUUACUUCCAGAAUCAUGGAACCCGCUGUCCUUGUCAACUUUAGUGGCUUCUUGGACCUGUUCGGUGUCAGCAUGAUCAUGCCUCUCAUCCUGCCCCAUGCCCGCAGCCUUGGCGCCUCCACCACCGUGGCCGGGAUUCUUGGGUCUACAUACGGGGCCCUUCAGCUCUUCUCCAGUCCAGUCGUGGGCAAGUGGAGCGACAUGGUGGGCAGACGAGUGAGUCUGCUGGUGACUCUGGUCCUCACAGGAUGUGGCUAUGGAAUUAUUGGACUCUCAACCUCCAUCUUCAUCAUGGUCCUGGGCAGGAUACCUGGAGGGAUAUUUAAGCACAGUCAAAACAUCUCAAAGUCAUAUCUGGCCGACAUAACAUCAAGGGAGAAGCGUUCGCAUGUUUUUGGACAGUUUAAUGCAGCCUCAAGCAUCGGAUUCAUUCUGGGACCAGUGGUUGGCGGCCAUGUUGCAGAAUGGCCUGGAGGCUUCGCUGUGGUUGGAGUACUGGCAGCUCUGACCUUCUUCCUGAAUGCUGCUAUCAUGUGGUUCUUCCUGCCUGUGUCUAAACAAUCAGCACAUCCUGAAACAUCCCGAGAGGACUCUGUGUCGCGAAAGAGCGGGGAAUACUCCUUCAACCUAAACGAGAUGCUCCGAUCCUUCCGAGCCAUCAGUUGGCGCCACCUGUGGGACCUGUUCCUCAUCAAGUUCCUGGGGGGCUUUUCAGUCAUCCUGUUCCGAUCCAGUUUCAGUCUCAUGACGCAGAGCGAGUUCAAUGCAUCGCCACGGAUCAUUGGCUAUUUGACCUCCUACAGUGGGGCUGUGUCUACUCUUUGUGGAUUCUUUAUAGGAAGAUUAGCAAGAUAUUACGAUAAUGAUGGUAAAUUAUAUUUUCACAUGGUAGUCUUACAAGUAGUGACAUUAUUCAGCCUGACAGCCUCACCCAAUUUAGCAUGGAUGGCAGUGUGGUUGUGUCCACUGAGUAUCGUCACGUCCGUCAUGAGAGUGUCGGCAACUGCGCUGACAAUUCAGAAAGGACGAGACGAGGACAGAGGGGCCCUGAUGGGGUUCAGUCAGAGCCUCAUGUCCAUUGCAAGAAUGUUGGCGCCUUUUGUUGGUGGUGUUGCCAUGGAGAUAAGCCCACGAGGACCACUACUUAUUGGGACAUGUGCCGCAGCUUUAUCGCUGAUAUUGCUAAUUCUCAGACCUCAGGGAGACGAGAAACAAAAAGUGAAACAGUCUUAACCAUGCUCGUGUUUUAGAGGAAAUUCAGGGACCAGUAUUCGUUGGUUAGUUGGUUGGUUGUUUAACGCCGCACCCAGCAAUAUUCCAGCUAUAUGACGGCGGUCUGUAAAUAAUUGAGUCUGGACCAGACAAUCCAGUGAUUAAUGUCAUGAGCAUCAAUCCACGCA